AUCAACUAGCAGUUGGUUGUCUGUAUAUAAACCCUGAGGUGGAAAGACAGGUCACUCAUUCCAGGAUGAGGACUCCCACAUUGCUUCUAGCUGCGGCUGUUGCUGUGCUCGCGGUUCUCCCGUCGAGCACAUCACACCCUGUUGGCUGUGGAUGCCCGAAGUUCCAACCACCGAAAGGUGCUUACGUGAAGGCUUCCAAGUCCUCCUCGUCCUCGUCGUCUGUGGCCAAGUCUGCUAGCGGAGAUGAACAAGAGAUCAAGGCCAACUCCCUCACUGGAGAGUACAGUAAGCGUGCCAGUAGCUCCGCCAGCAACUCCUUGGCCAGAAGCGCAGAGAGUAACGCUGAGUCUUAUGAGGCCUACACUCCGGGCUACGUGUGCGGCGUAGGUCUGCUUGCCAGAAACAGCGGCGAAAGCGAUUAUGACUAUUACCUGAGAGUCUUCCGAGUAGACGUUGCUAAUGCAGAGAGCCUCAGUGCCUUCUACGCCGCCGUCUUCAAGCAGUACAAGGGGGAGAGCAAUGUCGAUUACAUCAACAGAGUAAACUUCAUCUUUACCAAGGUCUACCCCAAGUUGGACUGCCGGUUCAACCAGGCUUACCUCAAGUUCUUGCAGAAGUACUACCUGAUCGCUUACGCCAAGUUGGACGGAGAGACCGACGACGCCUGGUUUACUCGAGUUCUGACCAGGUCUACUUUGAACGAGGCGGAGUAUCUAGUUAAGGUUGCCAUUCUGAAGAAAUACAUCACCUUCGUUGACUGGAGCAAAGUGGAUAUCGAUUGCAAGUACAAGACCGGCUUCAUCCUAAUUUCCUCCAAGGGUUCUUCAGCGAGAUCUUUGGAAGAGAGUUCUUCCUCCGUAGUUUUGACUGAAGAAGAAGUUAGAAAGACUUUUGCCAAGAUCGAGAGUGAGGAUAUCACAACUUACUACAAGAGGAUUGUCACCAAAUUGUCUGUGACCGAAUCUACCGAGGAAUAUGUCAGGACUCUCACCUUGGUCCGUAAAUGCUACCCCACUCUUUCUCUCUGGUACGAUGUCAGAUAUAUUGACCUCGUAAGGAACUACUACAGCUCCCUGUACGCCAGGCUGACCGAUGAGACCGAUGAGAAAUACUUCCUUCGCAUCGUAACAAAGGAACCUUUCGAGACUGAAGAUCAGUUUACUCAGAGGAUCGAAUUGGUGCACAGACUAUACCCUAAUCUGGUUCUCUGGUCUGAUCCCAAAUACUACAGUACAAUUACUCAGAAAUUCUACCUGACAUAUUACAAAAAGACAUCAUCCGAAGACGAGACCACCUACUUCAAGAGAGUAAUCACCAGAUGUGUUGGCGAGAGCGAUAUUGUAUACAUCAACAGACUGAACCUCAUCAGACAAACAUUCAGCGGAUUGGAUUUGUGGUACAGCAAGGAAUUCUUGGAUAUCUCCAAACAAUAUUAUAUUACAAAAUACACCAAGAUUUCUUCAGAAACCGAAGAGUCAUUCUUUAAACGCAUCGUAGCUAAGGAAGUUGGAGAAUCUGAAGAACAGAGUAUCAAGAGGAUCUCAUUGGUACGAGAAUUGUUCCCUAAUUUGGUUCUUUGGACUGAUGAGAAGUACUACGAUCUCACAAAGAACCUGUAUCUGACCAUCUAUAAGAAGUCAUCAUCUGAAGACGAGAUCACCUACUUCAAGAGGAUCAUCGCUAGGAUUCCCAAAGAAUCUGAUGAAUGUUAUAUCAGCAGGUUGAAUCUUGUGAAACGAACAUACAGCAGCUUGAACUUGUGGUACAGCAGUGAAUUCUUGAGCAUAACUAAGCAAUACUAUAUUACCAGAUACACCAAGACAUCUUCUGAAGACGAGGUAUCUUUCUACAAACGAGUUACGAUCAAGGAGGUUGGAGAAACUCCUGAACUAUGGGCACAGAGAGUUGAACUCAUUCACCAGAUCUAUCCCAACUGGGCUCUAUGGUAUGAUACUAAGUACUACGAACUGACCAAGAAUGUUUAUCUGACUUUCUACAAGAAAUCAUCAGCUGAGGAUGAGCUCUCAUACUACAAGAGACUGACAAAGAAGUUUGCCUCAGAAACAGAAGAGGUUUACAUCAGCAGGCUCACGUUGAUCAAGCAGACGUACAGCACCUUGGAUCUAUGGUAUAACACUCAGUAUUUGGAUGUUGUGAAGAGCUACUAUGUGGCUAGAUACACAAAGACAUCUUCCGAAACUGAGGAAUCUCUGUUCAAACGAGUGUGUGUCAGGGAAGAUGGAGAAACUGUCGAAAAAUGGGCACAGAGAGUCGAAAUUAUCCACCAGCUCAACCCUAACUGGGCUUUGUGGUAUGAUGUUAAAUAUUACACAUUGACCAAGGACAUCUACUUGAACUUCUACAAGAAAUCAACAUCUGAAGACGAAAUCACCUACUUCAAGAGAAUUACUGCAAAGACUGUAUCAGAGAGUGAUGUAGUCUACAUCAACAGGCUCGACCUCAUCAGAAGAACUUACUCCGGACUGAACUUGUGGUACAGCAAACAAUACUUGGACGUAACCAAGAGCUAUUACAUUGCAAAAUACACUAGGGGAUCAUCUGAAACCGAAGAAUCUCUAUUCAAACGAAUUGUGGUUAAGGAAUCCUGCGAGACUGUGGAACAAUAUGCCGAAAGAGUCGAAAUUGUCCGUCAACUUUAUCCUAACUUGGUUUUGUGGUCUGAUGUUAAGUAUUACGAUUUGGUCAAGAGCGUCUACCAGAUCGUAUACAAGAAGUCAACAUCUGAAGACGAGAUUACUUACUUCAAGAGGAUCACGACCCGAACUCUCCAAGAAACCGACGCCGUCUAUCUCGGCAGGUUGACUCUUAUCGAAAACACCUUCAGCAGCCUCUCGUUGUGGUCUAGCGUAGAGAACCUGAGCAUCAUCAAGUCCUUCUACUCCCUGAAGUAUGCUAAGCUGGCUGGAGAAUCUAAUGAAGCCUACUUCGCUCGUCUGGUGGCCAAGGAGAGUUGUGACAUCUCAGAUGAAGUGUACGUCAAGAGACUGUAUAUAGUACAGCUCCUGACUUCAUCCAGCUCCCUCUGGUAUGAUGUUCAGUUCUACGAAAAGUACACCAAGACCUUCUACUCUCUGUACUACGCCAAGCUGGAGAGCGAGAGCUGCGAUGGAUGGCUGACUCGAGCCAUCACUCUGCUACCAGGAGAGACCAACGAGAAUGCCAUCAAGAGAGUUACCCUGAUCAAGCGGGCUUCAGGAAAUUGCGGCUGCUGGACUGUCGAUACCCUCAGUAAGGUUGCAGCCUCUAAGGCGUUCUCUGCUGAAUACAUCUCUUUGAUAAGGAGCUCCUUCUUCGGCGUUUCCUACACCAAGACUUCCUCCUCUUCUUCAUCAUCCACCAAGUCUGCCACAUCCGAGGCGAACGAAGAUGUUGUAGUCGUUAAACGAGGAGGAUGCUAGGGUAUUUCUGCAAACAUCUCUGCCCGGCCCCACUAAGCAGUGACUGCACAUCCAUGCUGGAAAAUCAAUUAUUACGUUAAUAUUAUUAAUAUAUAAAGGAGUCUAUCAUUCUA